AUGGCAAGCGUUCCUAAGGAUGGCAUGUCACAACAACCUUUUAGGACAUUCGAUAGUAAUCGAUCCUCCAACUUGCAUCCUUCCUCCAAUUCUACAGAAGGCACGGGAUUGUCUACAAGCCAUAAUCCUGACAAGUUAUUUGACUCACGGCAAAUAAAGUCAAAAAAGAGGAUACUCGUCAAGCCAAACAGGGGUUCACGUUUAACGCAGGAAUGCAAGCAAUGGUCACUGAGAGACUUUGAAAUAGGCAAAGCACUGGGGGAAGGGAAGUUUGGGCGCGUAUACCUUGCACGAGAGAAACAAAGCGGAUUUAUCGUUGCAUUGAAAGUUCUCUAUAAGAAAGAACUCGCCACUCAUGGCGUAGAAAGGCAGCUUCGAAGAGAAGUGGAAAUACAAGGAAAUUUACGUCAUCCCAAUAUCCUUCGAUUAUAUGGCUAUUUUCACGACGAAGAUCGUAUCUUUCUGAUUUUAGAAUUUGCUGCCAAAGGUGAACUCUACAAAGAAUUACAGAGAAAGAACAGAAUUCCAGAACCAUUGGCAGCCCAGUAUAUAACGCAGAUGGCAAACGCUCUCUUAUAUCUUCACAGCAAGCGUGUCAUACAUAGAGAUAUCAAACCCGAAAACUUACUCCUGGGCAUGAAAGGAGAAUUGAAGAUUGGUGACUUCGGAUGGUCUGUGAGGACAGGUGUUACAGAUCGUAGGAGCACGCUCUGUGGUACGUUAGACUAUUUACCACCAGAAAUGGUUGAGGGUCGUGUACACAAUGAAAAGGUGGAUUUAUGGUCUCUUGGUGUCUUGCUGUACGAAAUGAUCUGUGGGACCCCACCUUUUGAAGAGCCUGAAGGUUAUCAAGCAACGUAUCGCCGGAUUGUUAACGUUGAUUUACAUAUACCAAAUUUUGUGAGUAGCGAUGCAGCGGAUUUAAUUAGAAAACUUCUCGUUUACAAAUCAGCAGAGAGAAUGCCUCUAAGAAAUGUAAUCAUGCAUCCAUUCAUAGAAAAAUAUAAAAAAUAA